AUGUCCACAAGAAAAAAUACAGAUGAUCAAGAUGAAAAUCAACCACAAAAUACAGCAUUUAAACAACAGCGUUUACCAGCUUGGCAACCGAUAUUAACCGCCAAUAUUGUCUUACCUGUUUUUUUUAUUAUUGGUCUAACAUUUAUUCCCAUUGGUAUUGUUUUAGUUAUUACUUCAAAUCGAGUUCUCGAAUUUGAUAUUGACUAUACGGAUACCAGAUGUCGUUUUAAUAAUACGACACAAACAUGUGCAGAUUAUUUGAAAAAUAAUAGCGUUCCAGAUCAACCUUGUACAUGUAACAUUAGUUUUACAUUGCCUUCUGACUAUAAUGGUGAUAUUUACUUUUAUUAUGGAUUGGUAAACUAUUAUCAAAAUCAUCGACGUUAUGCUAAAUCGCGUGAUGAUACUCAAUUACGUGGUAAAGAUACUACAGCGGCAGAAGAGUGUGAGCCAUUUCAGAAAGCCAAUGAUUCACGAAUUAUAGCACCAUGUGGAGUAAUUGCCAAUAGCAUGUUUAACGAUAAGCUAACAUUAACAUUCAAUGAUCAAGUAGUACCAUUACAAAACACAGGCAUUGCAUGGAGUACAGAUAAAAAUGUUAAAUUUCGAAAUCCCAUUAAUGGUACAUCAUAUUUUAGUAAAUAUGCUAACCCACCAAAUUGGAGAAACAAAACAGCAUGGGACUUAGAUCCAUCCGAUCGCCAUAACAAUGGUUUUGAAAAUGAAGACUUUAUUGUUUGGAUGCGUACAGCUGCUAUGCCAACAUUUCGUAAAUUAUAUAGAAAAUUAUAUAGAAAAUCAUCAAUUAAUGAUACAGGAACAUUUAAUAAAGGUUUACCAAAAGGCACAUAUAUAUUGAGUAUUGUAUACCAAUAUCCUGUUGUUAAUUUUGCUGGUCGUAAACAAUUUAUAAUAAGUACAACAUCAUGGAUGGGUGGAAAAAAUCCAUUUUUAGGAUGGGCGUAUAUUGUUAUUUCUGUUAUGUCUGAGUUUCUCUCAACACAAAAUGGUGAUACUGUUGAUGGUACGGCUAGUAACUUAUCAUUAAAUGAUCAAUCAUCCUCACCGGUAGUUACCGAUGAUUCAGCAGAAAUGAUUCUUCCCGUUUCGACUUCUCCAUUAUCAUUGUCCAAAAAACAGCAAAUAAAAACGCAACCAUUACCUUCGUGUUCGGUUUUAUCUGGUACAAUCGAUACGGUUGAUAAUAACGGUGAUGACGUACUCCAGUCAUCGUUAGCUUCUCAACAUACUGGUUCAAUGAAUGAUGAAGCUCAACAACAACAACAACAACAACAACCUCAAUUUUCACUUCUAGAUGAUUCCUACAAUAAUAGUUAUAGUACAACGAGUAGUUCUUGUGCGUCAUACGGUGAUGAUGAAAAUGAUUUUAAUUCGCAAUUACAUCAACGUCAAACCGUUUAUUCAUCAUCAGCUAUUGUUAAAAAAAGGCAUGUGCCUAAUUCUGAACUAAAACAUCGACGAAAUAAAAGUGAGCCAGUAAAUCAAGCAACAAUAACAAUAGCAGUCGAUGCACCAUCUCAUAUUUUAACAAAUCUCAAUAAUAACGAUUUAUACUGUGAUACAGAGUCACGCUCAAGUGUAUCGCCAGCAUCAACAUCGAAUACAACAAAUGAGAAAAUAAGUAAUCAUCCUUUUGAAUCAUCAUCCACGAGCACAACAUCGAAUGAAUCACCGCCAUCAAAACAACAACAGCAACAACAAUCGAGAAAUAAUGCAUCAUCCUCAACAACAACAGUUAUUGAUUCUAAAGAUAAUAAACCACGACAAUCAAAAGAAAAACGAAAAAAAGCAUGGUACAAUGUAAGUAGCUACCUUACACUAGAUGAUACAUCAUGUUUGACUAUAAAUAAAUGUCAUUCUUUUGUCUCAAUCUGUCUAUUAUUAAAGCAUAAUAGUGGUAUUCAACAGUUGCAUUCAAAGACGUUAGAAAAAAAACAAAAAAACAAAAAAACGAGCUAUAUUUGA